CCCGGGCCAACAAGACCGGCUCGCGGGCGAUGAACGAGGCGAAGCAAAUCCACGCGUACACCCUCCGCCAUGGCGUGGAGCGCAUCCAACCCCUCCUCCUCCGCCUCCUCUCCCUCCCCGACGACCCCGACCUCCUCUACGCCUCCUCCCUCCUCCACUCCCACCCCUCCCCACCCUCCACCCUCCUCUACAACCGCCUCCUCCAUGCCCUCUCCCUCUCCCCGUCCCCCUCCCCCGCCCGAUCCCUCUCCCUCUUCUCCCGCAUGCGCCGCCGCGGCCUCCUCCCCAACCCCCUCUCCUUCACCCUCCUCUUCUCCUCCCUCGCCUCCUCCGCCGCCGCCGCCGCCGGAGCCGGAGACGGAGGCGGACGCGGCGCCCUCCACGCGCUCCUCCUCAAGAGCGGCGUCCCCCGCGACGCCUUCGUCGCCACCGCGCUCAUCGACCUCUACGCCAAGUCCGGCCUCCUCGCCCCCGCCCGCCGGCUGUUCGACGAAACGCCCCGCCGGGACGUCGCCGUGUGGAACUCCAUGAUCGCCGGGUACGCGCGGGGCGGCGACCUGGCGCGCGCCGGGGAGCUGUUCGACGCCAUGCCCGAGCGGAACGUCGUGUCGUGGACGUCCCUGGUGUCCGGGUACGCGCGGAGCGGGCGGUGCGAGGAGGCCGUGCGGGUGUUCCUCAGGAUGUGGGGGGAGGGAGGGGAGGCGCGGCCGAACGAGGUGACGCUCGCGAGCGUCCUCCCGGCUUGCGCGAGCCUCGGUGCGAUGGGGUUGGGGGAGAGGAUCGAGAGGUAUGCGAGGGAGAAUGGGCUUGUGGGGAACGUGUUCGUGAGCAAUGCUUUGGUGGAGAUGUAUGCGAAAUGCGGGAGCAUCGAGAGGGCGCGCCGGGUGUUCGACGAAAUGGGCGAAAGGAGGAACCUUUGCUCUUGGAAUUCGAUGAUUAUGGGAUUGGCGGUGCACGGGAGGUGCAGGCAGGCUCUUGAGCUUUUCCAUGAGAUGUUGGCGGUAGGCAUCGCCCCUGAUGAUAUUACAUUUGUCGGUGUCCUCUUAGCUUGCACUCAUGGAGGGUUAGUUGACCAGGGGAAGCAUUUCUUUUACUCCAUGGAGAGAGAGUUCUCUCUUACCCCAAAGAUAGAACACUAUGGUUGUAUGGUCGAUCUUCUAGGUCGUGCGGGACUCUUAAAAGAAGCAUACACUCUCAUAAAAAGUAUGCCAAUGGAGCCAGAUUCAGUAAUCUGGGGUGCCUUAUUGGGAGCUUGUAGUUUCCAUGGUGAGGUAGAAAUAGCGGAAAUAGCAGCAAGCUUUCUCUUUAAGCUCGAGCCCUGGAACACGGGAAACCAAGUGAUUCUUUCGAAUAUAUAUGCGUCAACGGGCAAGUGGAGCUCCGUUGCCAAAGUAUGGAAGAUGAUGAAAGACAAACAACAUAAAAAGUCAGCCGGCUAUAGUUUUAUUGAGUUGGAGGGGAGCAUUCAUAAGUUUCUUGUUGAGGAUACGUCCCAUCCUAGAUUCGAGGAGAUAUACGAAGCUUUGGAUGAGAUUACAAUGACCAUGAAACUUCUUGGUUAUGUGCCAAAUUUGGAUCUACAAAUGGAAAGCUGAUCUUCUAGAAGAGCUUGGAAGAUUUCGUAGUUGUUAUGAUCAGAUAUUAGCCCUAUCAUGGGGCAAAGGAUUCUUUGAAGCUGCUGUUAUAGAGGUGGGCAAAUGAAACUAUGCAAAAUUGAGAGGAAAAGAUGAAUAAUCUGCCUGUUGGUAUUUUGGCUUUUUUCGAAGUUCUAUGCCCGAACAACAUUGCCGUAGAAUCAUGAGGCAAAACCGAGAGUGAUCCUUGUUGUAUAAAACUUUUGAAAAGUUCUCGAUGUGGAGGAAAUGCUUUUGCCAAAUGCGUGCUGAAACAUUAUCAACUUCAGAAAGUCUCAUUCAUGACGGGCUCCUGCAAUUGUUCGGAGAGUGCCAUCUUAAGAAAUAUGUGGAUAUAUUCUGGGUUUCUUUUUUCUCAACAUUCGAGGAAAAGGUACAACUCCGAGCAUCUGGAAUUUUUCCGUCGCAAAGGAAAAUUCUUUUCUUUCUAACAGAAUUGAGGAUAUUAGCCCGCGAGUAGUUUUGGUGAUUUAAAGAUGCACAUUUGACAUCCAAGCAGUGGUUGAACUGGUUUGAGGCUCGGCUUGGCUGCGAUUCUUUCAAAUCACUUCAGAUGACGCAGAUCAAAAAUUGCGAUGCUAAUACUAAAGUGAUGCUGAAUGAGAAGCAGAAUAGGAAUCUACCGUCAAUUCAAACCUGGUUAGAUUUGUGAUAGCAUAACAAGUAAAGAGAAUAAAGAUAGUUGAAGCCAAAACGACGACAAAUUUGUUGGGAGAUUCCCCCCCUUUUUUUUCUCUUUCGAAUCUUUUGUUGCGUUUCACAUCUAUAUUUGUAGCUAGAAAUGUAUAGAAGGCUCAAAGCUUUUCAAUGUGAAAUUGCACCUGUUAUUCUUUUGUAUCAUGAUUUUGAUGAGAUGAGAUUGAAGGUCUUGAGUUAA